AUGUCGAACGCUGGUGGCCAUAGACCCAAACCUGCGACGGCUAAAUGGGGUGCUGCUUGCGCGCAGUGCUCUAUAGCAAAAGCCAAAUGCAUACGGUCAAACAAUGCGCCUGGAUCUAAAUGCGACAGUCGAACUGCUCAAAUAGAGGAAAGACUCAAUGGAUUGGUCAACCUCCUGAAAGCAGGCGGGUUGACUAAUGCCGACCUAGCAACUGAUACCACCUGCAUCCCAACUGAGGUAGACCCUCAUGUUACUGAUCAACAGAAGCCUUCGUCAAAAGAGAGUGAACCUUCUUUUGUAUCCAAUACUCAAGGAUGGUCGAUUCCUGAUACAUAUAACUCUUACGCGCCGCCGCAAUGCAUCUGCAGACAGAUCAGUGGAGAAGUUCCUCCUCCACCAGGAUCAGACCAGGAGCUUCUCAACCUCUAUCGAAAGGAUUUCCAGGCUCUGAACCCUUUUGUCAUUAUACCUAAUGGUGUUACAGCAACCAAACUCAGAGAAACCAGACCUUUUCUGAUGGCCUCAAUACGAAUGGUCACAUCAAAUCGCAGUCUGCGAUCCAUGAGAGCUCAGAUGUACCAUUUGAUGAAACAUGUCGCAGACCACAUGCUCAUCCGAUCCGAGCGAUCACUAGACCUUUUACUAGGUAUCAUUGUCAUAGUUACAUGGUAUCAGUAUCACUGCUUCAUGCAUGCUCAACUUAACAACCUUAUUGCUUUGGCCACUACACUCGUUGGCGAGCUAGGUUUGAAUCGAAGUCCAACUGUUCACGAAAGGACUAGCUUGAUGGUUGUCAUACCAUUCCAGCCCAAAGCACGUACAAAUGAGGAGAGGAGGGCGCUCUUAGGAGUAUGGUACUUAUCAUCGUCGAUGGCAGUUGGUUUCCAACGGAUAGAGUCCAUGCGUUAUACAAAAUACACCCAGGGGUGUCUAUCUGUGCUUGAACAGGAGAGGGAAUAUGAGACAGAUGUGAGACUCAUAGCGCUCGUUCGCAUACAACACUUGGCCGAGCGCAUCUCGCAACUCAAUGCCCCCGACGAACCUACAGAGGAAGUCAUCGGGUUUCCAACAGCGCCAACGUCAGCCUAUGUUUCUGCGUUUCAAACCGAGCUCGACAGGAUACAAAAUGGGCUACCCCUUGAACUGCAAAACGACAAUGUGAUAAAAGUGUUUCUUAAUGCAGUAGCACUCCGUUUAUAUGAGCCCCCUUUACUUGAUACUUCUCGAAUAAUCUCAAUGUCAGAGUCUUUGACAACUCCUACAUUAGGGGCUGCCUCGGCACUGGACAUAUUCUACCAGUCAAGAAACGCUUUGAAGCAAUUCUUUGACCAUUGGCUAUCGAUACCAAUCCCUGAGUACCACAGCCAGACCACUGCGGUAGCCGCCCAACUGAUCUACGGGAUGACAAUGCUUGGCCGGUGGACAAAAUUUACAGCGCAGAUCCCUUUGAAAAGGCCUCCCAUUCCAAUGCCCGAGGAUACCAGCGCACAAAACCCGAAUUUGGAACUAUACAAAGCAGAAUCGGAGCAUUCGACGAGUGUAAGUCCAGCACAUGCUACGCCAUCGGCCACUACGCCCAGUGCGUGUGAAAACCAUUCUCAAGCAGCCAGUCCUAUUGUUUUGCGAGAGGGUACAGACCCAAGACUACCGGCUGCAGUGGCUGCUUUACGGUCACAGAUUCAAACUCAACCAGGCCUGCACUUAGACGUCACGGGGAUACUGUCGGGUAUAUAUUCCAAGUUUGAAGAGGCCAACGCAUCUGUUCAGCUGUCCUCAGCCGAACAUGGUACUUCAGACCACAACCUUUGGAGUAUGAGCGCCAUCAAGGUCAGGAUCACAAGAGCAAAGCUGGAGCGGUGGGUAGAGAUAGUGGCGUCUGGAACAGCGGCGCUCAAGAUCCAUGAUGGUGAUGUCCGAGACACGGAAAUGGAGGAUCGGGGCAUGAGCGAUAACGGGAGAGCUACCGCAGCUGGUACAGCGCAACCGGGCAACGAGAUACAUAUGGAUGAUUUUGGAAUGCCCGAUUGGAACGAAAUGCCUUGGAAUCCUGAUAUACUUCAGGGGGUUGACCCUUCGAUAUGGUUUGAUGGAUACCUGGAUUGGGGAGCCGUUAUGAGCUCUAUGAGCAAUAACGAGCAGUGA